AUGCCGCCACCCGAUGGCUGCUCCAUCAACUCGGCCACUUCUGACGAGAGUGAGGAAGACGAACCUCUCAUCAGAAGUGCUGAAAUUCCUCCUCGGUGCUGCUCGGCCCGCUUCAACCUCGCCUUCCUGAUGUUUCUCGGCUUCACCGUGGUCUACGGUCUCCGGGUCAACCUCAGCGUUGCCAUGGUAGCCAUGGUGAACAGCACCGACCCCGAUCCGGCCCUAAACCGCUCCGUGAUCCACGCCUGUCCACGACCGUCAGGACAAGAAAACAUCAGCGAGAAUUUCCAGCAGCCUGACGGGGUCCCUCAGUACCCCUGGGACUCCAAGACUCAGGGAUGGCUGCUGGGAGCGUUCUUCUUCGGCUACCUGUGCACACAAAUCCCAGGCGGCUACCUGGCAGGUCACUACGGGGGGAAGAUUUUCCUGGGUUUGGGUGUGCUGGGAACAGCGGUCCUCACCCUGCUCACUCCUCUGGCUGCCCAGUGGGGGUCUUACUGGCUGUUUGGACUGCGAGCAUUGGAGGGCUUUGGAGAGGGUGUGACGUACCCAGCGAUGAUGGCCUUGUGGGCCCGGUGGGCUCCUCCCCUGGAGCGCUCUCGCCUGAUGACCAUGUCGGGGUCGGGGGGCAGCUUCGGGGCCUUCGUGGCGCUGCCGCUCACCGGCUUCAUCUGCCAAAUGCUCGGCUGGCCCGCCGUCUUCUACCUGUGCGGCAGUGCCGGUUGCCUCUGGGCCGUCUUCUGGUUUAUUUUUGUGUCAGAUGACCCUCGCACCCAUCGUCGAAUCAGCAAGGAGGAGAGAGAUUACAUCACAAACUCCAUCGGACCUCAGGGCACAGGUCAUGGCUGGACCGUCCCCUUGCUGCACAUGGCGCUGUCUGGCCCUCUGUGGGCCAUCAUCAUCACCCAGAUGUGCUCCAACUGGGCCUUCUACACGCUGCUCACCUCCCUGCCCACCUACAUGGACGUCAUCCUGCACUUUGACCUGCAGUCGAAUGGCUUCCUGUCCUCUCUGCCGUACCUCGGCGGCUGGAUGAUGUCGACGCUGUCAGGAGUGGCGGCGGACGCGCUCAUCGAGAGGAGGGCACUCAGCGUCACCACCGUUCGCAAACUCUUCACGCUCGCAGGCCUGUUGCUGCCUUCGGCGUUCCUCGUGGCUGUCAUUUACGCCGGCUGCAACCACAUCCUCACCGUCACCUUCCUCACACUCUCCUCGACCACGGGAGGGUUCAGCGCCGCCGGAGUCUUCAUCAACCAGAUAGACAUCGCUCCUCGGUAUGCAGGAUUCCUUCUGGGAAUCACCAACACAUUUGGGACCAUUCCCGGGGUCGUGGCGCCGAUCGUAACAGGAUACUUUACUGAAGAUCACACUCUGGCAGGCUGGGCGAAGGUCUUCUGGGUCGCUGCUGGGAUCAACGCCAGCGGUGCCGCCAUCUUCACUUUAUUUGGCAGCGCCAAGCUCCAGUCGUGGGCCCUCACCGAGGAGGAGCGAGCAGAGGCUGAGAGGACGAGGGGCAGGUCCAUCUCACAUUAAGGCAGCUGUCUGCAUCAGCAGCAGAGCCUUUAAAGGCUUUAAAGACACACACAUAACUACAGUUUUACAGUUUGCUCAUUUUAGACAAACAUCUGGAGUUUUAAUUUUUAAAUUCAGGUAUAAAUUAAGGGAUAUAUGCAGUAAUCGCACUUCAUGAGCCAGUAAUAACAUCUACAGUAUGAUCUUAUUUUGGCGAGUUUACAUCCAGGUGAGCCGAUAAAUGAGUUUUUACAAUAAUUCCAGCAAAGGUGUUCAAGCUCAUCGAGCACUUUUCUACUCUGAAAUGUCCUGUUACGCACAUGUUUAACCCCUUAAAUCCUGCCACUGUGUUUUCAAGGGGGGGGGCAACACCACACCAGCAGUAUUUCCCUCAUUCUGCACACUGCAAAGAGCACAUACCUGCAGGAUCGCUGUGUCCAUGAACAGAAAGCUUUCAGAGGGCUUAAAAUGUUAUCACUACUUUAAGAAAGCAUUAGUUUUAGUGCACAGGGCAUAUUUGAACAUGUGCUGCCUUUAAUGAUCAGGAAACAUGUUUACUCUUACAUAUUCGUGGUGAUUUUUGCAUCUCUGGUUACGUACAGCGCUUCAGGUGAGACCAAAACAAAUCACCUUUUUCAUGUUUUAUAUUUUUUAUUUGAAUUUUACUCAGAACAAAGGUACAAGGAAGAGGCGGCAGACUUUGCACAACAGGAGGGUCAUUCCAUACAAAAUCAAUGUAAUUAGAGAAAAAGAGUCAAUUUUACCUUCAUACUGUGAAUAUUAGGAGCUGCUGUACUCACAGUUCCUCAGGCUGUCUCUGAGGCCGAGCCCAUCCACCCCACGGGUGACCGUAGGUGAGCGGUGGUGCAUCGGUCGACAGGUAAACUUGAGAGCUUUGCCUCCUGCUCAGCUCUGUCUUCACCGCGACAGUCAGGUACAACGUCCACCUAACGCUCCACCUUCUUGUCACUCGUGAAUAAGAUGGGCGGCCUCUCUCCUCCACCUCAGAGGGGGCAAGCCUCCGUUUUCCGGCAGAGAGCCGCGGCCUCAGAUUCUCAUCCUGUUUCACAUUUCCUGCUCAGCUUGUGUCAGUUUCCUUCUUCAGUGCAGCAUCCUCAUCUACUCACAUUCAAAGUCAUCCAAAUUUCAACCCACGCUCUGUACUGUGUGGACCUGUAACUCAGAAUAUCCACAGUAUGAAGGUAAAAUUGGCCAUGAUUUUUUAUUAAAGACACUAAAAUCAUUGGACAUGAGAAAAAUCAGCUGAUUCUGAGGAGGUGCUGCUUUAUUUGCAGCUGAACCUGUUUGGCUACCACUUCUGCAGACUGUUUAUUAGGACCAAGAGAAGCACUUUUCAAUGGCACAAAUACACAGAAAGCCUUACAACAGUGCCAAUGACCUGUGAAACUUUCCAUUUUAGCUCAUAGUUUUAUCUUAUUUCUAGACUUAAAGCACCUUCAGAUUUAAUUGUACAGGUUUGCUUCAGUAUUAAGAAGCUGCCUUUUGUAAGCUGCAAUAAUUAUUGUUCCUGGAAGAUCUCAUAAAUCUCAUCGUGCAGUUUAUCAACGAGCACUGUGAUUGAUUGUAAUGAUGUGAUAAUUUAUUCACCUCUGUGCUUCCAAAAUGUGUAAUGCCAUAAAAAUGCUUUAUUUUGAAAAUAUUUUUGUUUUUCCUGGAAAAACUAAAAUGAGAAGCAUGUAAAA